GUCUAACUCGACCUGACCAAUAUAAAAAAUCAGGGAUUAUAUAUGGCGUCUUUUUGCUGGACAUUUUCUUCCCUAUACUGCAGACGAGGGUGCAACUUGCACAAAUAGUGCUUCAAAGCUACAGUUUGGUCAUAAGAGAUUUUCCCAGUAUGGGGCACUACUCGCACAAAAAGUGCGAUUUAAGCUAGUACUCUCACAAAGACUUUACAAACUUUUUUGUGCCCAUAUCAAACGCAGGAACAUUCCGCAAUCCGCAUACAAUGCCAAGCUUGGUAAAACCAUCACCAGGAGGAGCCAAAUAGCUGAGAGACAGGGAGAAAGCUGUUUGAUUCCACAAUAAAUGGAACCCCAACGCUACUUAUUACUACGAACUUUAAGCAAAUUCAAAGCAUGUUUUCCCAUGCAUUGAAGCUAUUCAAGCCCCUGAUUUCUGUAUCUCGUAUUUGCUUCUCAUCUAUCUCUUUUCCCCUCUCAUCAAAAUCCACAAUUGUCCAUUUAUCCUAUGCGUUCCAAGGUGGGAAUUUUGCCCCUUUGUUGCAGUCUACUUAUGUUAAUCAGAAUCUUUUCUUUCUACGCUCAAAACCCACUUCAGCAAUCAGGUUCUUUCAAUGGUCUGAGAAUGUUUUAGGAUACAGCCAUUCUUUAUGCUCUCAUUGUGCCCUUAUCCAUAUUUUGCUCUCUCACCGCUUGUUUGGCAUUGCCCACCAGGUGUUUGAGAAAAUGCUUCAGAGGUACUGGGAGUGGGAUGUGUUUGGUGCUCUUUGUGAUGGGUUUGGGGCCUAUAAUUCAAAUCCCAAUACGGUUUAUAGCUUCUUGCUUGCUGGGUAUUGUCAAAAUGGUGUGUUUGAUAAGGGCAUUGAUGCUUUCUUGAGGAUGUCGAAAACAGGAAUUGACGUAGCUCCUCACGCAUUGAGAACUAUGAUGGACUCACUGGUUGCUUCUCAGUGCAUCAGUGCGAUUGUGAGCAUACUCGAUGAAAUUUGUGGUCAGUCUGGGAAAAUGAUAAAACAGGGGUUUAACUUUUAUGCAUUUCUUGCUAUGAGUUUUGUUAAUCACCAUCUCUUUGAAUUGGUAUUGAAUUUUCACCGAAAGAUGAUUGAUAGAGGUAUAAUGCCAGUUAUUUUCGAUUGUAAUAAGAUACUGAAGGCUCUUUGUAAAGAGGAGACCUCUUUAGAAGCUGCCUCCCAAUUCUUUCAUACAAUGUUAAAAGUUGGUCCAAGUCCUAAUGUGGUGACAUUUAGUACUUUGAUUGACUCAUAUUGCAAAGCAAAGAGACUGGAUGAAGCAUUCAAGCUUUACCAUUUUAUGAUGGCACGCGGUAUAUCUCCAGACUUGAUUGUAUAUAGUAUACUUAUUGAUGGUCUUUUUAAGAAUGGAAAACUGGAAGCAGGGGUUCGCCUUCUCUCCGAGGCUUUGGAGAAGGGUGUCAAGUUAGAUAGUGUUAUUUUUGGCUCGAUUAUGGAUUCGUUUGUGAAGGCGGGAGAUCUGAAGAAGCUGAUUGUGGUAUACAAUAGAAUGCGUACUGAAGGUUUAUCACCUGGCACAGUUACUUAUGGCAUUAUAAUAAAUGGCUUAUGCCAAGGUGGGCAUGUACUUGAGGCUUGUGGGGUCUUUGGUGAAUAUGUGAAGCGUGGUUUGGAGCCAUCUGAAUGUGCCUACAGUUGCCUUAUUGAUGGCUUCUGCAAAUUGGGAAAUUUGAAAGAGGCAUUUAUCUGGUAUCGAAAGAUGCUAGAAAAUGGCCUUCUUCCAGAUCUCAUCAUUUAUUCGAUACUUGUUAAUGGUCUCAGCCAACAAGGGCGGGUAAACGAAGCUCUUCAACUAUUGUUUCAGGCUACCAUGAUGGGUAUACAACUUAAUGCAUAUAUUUUUAAUGGCUUGAUCGAUGGUUACUAUAGAUUGAGCCAGAUGACAAAUAUGAUGAGGCUGUAUAAUCUUAUGCAAGUUAAGAACAUACAUCCUGAUGUAGUGACUUAUACUUCAUUUCUCAAGCUCCUGGUUGAUCAGGGAGAACUGGAGAAGGCUUUGGCUCUCUUUCUUCGAAUGCUUAAGCAAAAUGUCCCUUUAGAUGCCAUUGCAUAUUGCACACUGAUGGACAGUUUCUGUCAGCUGAACAAAGCAAAAACUGUCAUGUGGCUGUUUCAGCAAAUGUUGAGGAACAAGGUGAGCCCUGACAUUGCAAUAUACAAUGUUCUGCUCAGAAGACUUUUCAAAGACUUCCAGUUUGAUGAUGCAAUGAAACUUUUCCAUAAGCUUGCUACCCACGGCCCCGAGCCUGACAUUGUGACAUUCAACACUGUGAUAUGUGGUUAUUGCUUUUCAGAUAAGCUGAACGAGGCAAUUCAGCUGUAUGAAACACUCUCGAACAGACCAGUUGGAUUCACUGCCAUCACUUUUAGCAUUCUCAUUGACGCCCUUUGUAAAAAAAGUAGGAUAAAUGAAGCUGUACAGAUGUUUAGGAGAAUGCUAGAAAAGGGCAUUGAGCCUAAUGUGGUUACAUACAGUUGCUUAGUGGAUGGAUACUUGAAAUUUCAGAGCAUGGGAAGUGCCUUUGAACUACUGGAAGAGAUGGCCAGAAACAAGAUUGAUCCCAACAUUGUCAGUUAUAGCAUCCUCAUGGAUGGCCUCUGCAAAAGAGGAUUAAUAGAUGAUGCUUUGAGUACUUUUCAAUCUGCCAUUAGCAACGGCUUAUUACUCGAUGUUGUGGCUUAUACCAUUCUCAUCCAUGGAUGCUGCAGAGUUGGGAGAUUAACUGAAGCCAGAAUUCUGUAUCAAAGAAUGCUGGUCCAGGGCAUGGUACCCGAUCAUGUGUUACAGAGAGUAGUUGCAGACUAUCUUGGGGCUCAAAGUAUGACCACCUACAAGGAACUUUCGUUUUAGCAAUUACAUCCAGGCUCAAAUUGCUAAAGCUCAGUACUGCCUAAGGCAGUUUGAUGUAGUUGAAGUAAAUUUCAAGAGGUUUUAAGAAACGAUCAAUACAGAAUCGAUGACAUGGAUAUGUAUUCCAAUGUGCUAUAUGCUAAGGAAUGUUCUUCUACUUUAAGCUACCUUGCCCACCAGGUGAUUUUGAUAGAUAAAUAUUACUUCAACUUCAUCAAGAGUCAGUCCUGUUGCGUUAUUGGAAACUACUACAAUUUGAAGGGACAACAUCAGAAGUCAGUCCUGUAUUUUCAGAGGGAUCUGAAAUUGAAUAAAAAUUAUUUGUCAUCAUGGACGCUAAUGGGUCAUGAGUAUAUAGAAAUGAAAAGCAUCCCAGCAGCAGUUGAUGCAUAUAGGUGGGCCGUGGACAUAAGUCCAUGCGAUUAUCGAGCAUGGUAUGGGUUAGGGAAAGCAUACGAGAUGAUGGGAAUGCCCUUGUAUGUGCUUCAUUUUUUUAAGAAGUCGGUGUUUUUGCAACACAACGAUUCUUGUCUAUGGAUUGCCAAUUGCCAUGGCCGAAUGUUACAAAACAGAGAAACUCAAUAUGCAUGAGGAGGCAAUCAAGUCUUACAAAAGGGCAGCAAACUUGAAUGAUAGCAAAGCAAUUGCACUUAACCAACUGGCAAAAUUAUAUUUUCAACUAGGCCGUUCUGAAGAGGCAGCAUUUUACUACAAAAACCAUUUAGAGAGGAUGGAAUCUGAGGAGAGAGAAGGAUCCAACAUAGUUGAAGCCAUGCUCUUUCUUGUCAGAUAUUACAAGGAUCAGAGGAGAUUCGAAAGAGCAUAGGUCCAUUGUCUCCGUCUUCUAGACUACAAGAGCCCUGUAAGUUACAUUCAACUUCUUUGUUGAAUUAGAAAAUUUGAGAAAAUGCAGCCAAUAAAUACUUCACUUUGCAAAUAAUACCCUAAUAUGAAAAAAAAUCCUAAUGAACCAGCUGUAGUGUUUCUUUCCUCUCAAUUGAACCAUUCCACUUUAAAAUUCUUGAGUAGUGUACAGCCAGUUCUCUCUUUUUUUUCAAGGAGUAUUUGAAAGUUGAGACAUGAGAGCAUGAAAUUACUAUGUGAUGACUAUUGUUGUUGAUGGUACCGGAACUAAAGAGGAAACGAAAAAAAACUAUUAGGCAAAGCAACAUAACUCGAUAUAUUGAACAUCACUUCUUUAGUUUUCAUUUUUUUUCCCUGAAUAAGUUAUCUUAGUCAUUAAAGUAUUCACUUUGUUUCUUAGUCUUCAAAAGCAUAUAAGUAAAGAACAAAAAGUACUAACGUUAAGGGUGUCCAUAGUUUUGGUUCAUCAGCCGUCAAUGCUUGGAAGAACACAAGACAUUUAGGGUGGAAGUGACACUUGGUGGUUCAAUUAAAAGCACAAAAACAUUAAAGGAGAUAGAACUGGCUAAAACUCUCCUUUGAGGAAUAAGGGAUGAAAUGGACGUUGAGCAUGUUCCACCCUAAGGGCGUAUUUGCAUUGGAGGGAUUUGGAGGGAAAGACUGGUGUGUUUGCAUCUUCAUUUGUAUUUUAGAUUAUACAUAAAUUGGAAGAUCAUUGUCUCCCCUAACAUUAGAAGGCUCAAUAGCGCUAUUUCCCACGGUUAUAGUCCUUUUUUCCGUUUUGUUUAGUGUUAACGGUGCCCAAUAUCUGGCAUCCCUGUCACUAUAUCGUUGUGUGUGGCUCUAUUGUUUCAUCCGUAUAAUUGGCAUUUG